GUCGAAGAGAAAUGACUCAGUCAGCUACUGUACGUAGCAUCAGCAUCAGUGUUUUUCUACAUGGACCAGCCUCACCCGUGAUUGCUGUAUCUCCAGGCCCCCCAAAAAGAACAUCUCAGAAAGAAACUAAUUGCACAACCCACCUGUGCAGCAUGGCUUGCUCAGGUUCCACAGCAUGGGGGCCGUAUGGAGCUCCUGCCAUGGAUUGCUAGUUUUGGGGGGGAAGUUAUGGAGCCACUGGUGAAUCAACCUUUGAUGCAGUCACUACAUGACGGUUUAGACAAACUGAGGCCCGGUGGAAUUGGAUGGUCACAACUAUGGGGAUGCUUGUGCCACCUGUAGCCCGAGUGCUCAAGCCCCCGAAUCUCCCAUGUGGUUACUGUAGCCAGUUCACAUUGGCUCGUCAGGCAUGAGGCUGGGUCCGUGCCAAAAAACGGGACGCACCAUGACACCAUGUUUGACAAUGUAAAUGUAGGGUAAAACACAAUGCAGCUUGGUGCAGUUGUAAACUUGUGAUCAUUUAGUAUUCACCAGUGGGUGCGAGAUAAAAGAGCUCCUGGUUGAUGGAAAGGUGGCCUGCGAGAUGUAGCCAUUUGGAUCAAGUGCCUCGGCGCGUCAUGGCCCGGAAGAUUUUUGUGGGCUCCUUGCCACAGAACAUCUCUGAGGAUGAGCUGAGGCAUGAGUUUGAUGCCUUCGGCGAUGUAGAAGAAGUCUUCAUCAAGGACAACUGUCCUCCAGGUAAGCAGUGGGCUUUCAUUACCUACGGAACUUCCGACGAAGCUCUAGCCGCGAAAGAAGCCUGUGAUCGCAAACUGGUGUUUCCAGAAUCAGAACGCCCAUGUGAUGUCAUGCUGGCAAAGAACCAAGGCAUCGGUGGCUCACCUGGGGCGACACCCGAAGCGAGCG